AUGUACGUCCGCAUAUGUACGCCGCCCGCUCCCCGCGAACUCACCUCCCCCCGCACGCGCUCACUCCCUCCGUGCGCUCUCGCCCCCCCCGCGCGCACUCGCUCCCCCAGCGCGCAUUCGCUGCACCUCGCACACUCGAUCCCCCCCCUUCACUCGCUCCCCCCCGCGCACUCGCUCCCUCCGUGCGCGCUCGCGCCUUCAGCGCGCAUUCGCUGCCCCCCCGCUCACUCGCUCCCCCCCUCGCGCACUCGCUCCCUCCGCGCUCACUCGUUUUCCCCGCGCGCACUCGCUCCCCCAGCGCGCAUUCGCUGCCUCCGCGCGCACUCGAUCCCCCCGCGCUCGCUCGCUCCUCCCGUGCGCACUCGCUCCCUCCGCAAGCAACUUCUCCCCAGCGCGCAUUCGCUCCCCCCGCACGCACUCCCUCCCCCCCGCGCGCAUUCAGUAGCCCCGCACGCACUCCCUUUUCCGCCUGGGCUCGCUCGCACAUCGAUUGGGAGCCAUCGUCAUCAAGGUGCGCUCCCACCCUGCCCUGGUGCCUCUGCUCCCUCUGCCCACUCUGCUGCCUAUGCUCCCUCCAUUCCCCCCCUGCAUCCCCUCCUUUCCUUCCCCUCCAUCCCCUCCUUUCACCCCCUGCAUCCCCUCCUUUCCCCCCCUGCAUCCCCUCCUUUCCUUCCCCUGCAUCCCCUCCUUUCAACCCCUGCAUCCCCUCCUUUCCCCCCCCUGCAUCCCCUCCUUUCCCCCCUGCAUCCCCUCCUUUCCCCUCCUGCAUCCCCUCCUUCCGCCCCCCUGCAUCCCCUCCUUUCCCCCCCUGCAUCCCCUCCUUCCGCCCCCCUGCAUCCCCUCCUUUCCCCCCCUUGCAUCCCCUCCUUUCCCCCCCUGCAUCCCCUCCUUUCCCCCCCCUGCAUCCCCUCCUUUCCCCCCCUGCAUCCCCUCCUUUCCCCCCCUGCAUCCCCUCCUUUCCCCCCCUGCAUCCCCUCCUUUCCCCCCUGCAUCCCCUCCUUUCCCCCCCUGCAUCCCCUCCUUUCCCCCCCUGCAUCCCCUCCUUCCGCCCCCCUGCAUCCCCUCCUUUCCCCCCCUGCAUCCCCUCCUUCCGCCCCCCUGCAUCCCCUCCUUUCCCCCCCCUGCAUCCCCUCCUUUCCCCCCCUGCAUCCCCUCCUUUCCCCCCCCUGCAUCCCCUCCUUUCCCCCCCUGCAUCCCCUCCUUUCCCCCCCUGCAUCCCCUCCUUUCCCCCCCUGCAUCCCCUCCUUUCCCCCCCUGCAUCCCCUCCUUUCCCACCCUGCAUCCCCUCCUUUCCCCCCCUGCAUCCCCUCCUUUCCCCCCUGCAUCUCCUCCUUUCCCCCCUGCAUCUCCUCCUUUCCCCCCCUGCAUCUCCUCCUUUCCCUCCCUGCAUCUCCCCCCCCAUCCACCGUGCCAUUCUGCCUACUACUGCAGGUGAAGUACGUGUUUGACACCAUAGCGCUGGCUGUUGGCCUUACAAUGGCUCUCAUCAACGGCCAAUCAUAG